AUGGCAGACAUUCAAGAAUAUAAUUCAGAAAGACACAUUGAGAAAUGGAAGAUGAAGAAAUUGAAAAAGAAGGUUGAAGCUGCCAGUGGCAGGGGUGUUAGGACUAGAACUAUGUUUUCUCUGCUCAUUCCUCCAGGUGAUCGUCAAAUAUCUCGUGCUAUCAGGACUUUGGAAGACGAAUUUAGAACGGCUUCAGACAUGGUACUAAUCGAGCGGCAACAAGUUUUAGGUCCAAUAAUCGAAUCUGCUCAACACAGGCUUAGUCUGUACAAGAAUAUUGUUUCUCCAAAUGGGUUUGCACUCUACAUUGGAAAUGUUGUUACAGAAAAAAAUGAGGUGGUGACCACCAUUAUUGAUUUUGAGCCUUUCAAACCAAUAAAUGAGUUUAUGUGCAUUUGUGAUGACAAAUUCCACACUGAAGCUUUGGAUGAGCUCUUACAAUCUGACGAUGAAAAGUUUGGUUUCAUCGUUAUGGAUGGAGCAAGUACUGGAUAUGUUAGAGUUCCUAUGUAUCAUCCAGAACCUGGCUUCUAUACAGCAAUGAAGUCUUCGAAGAUCCUUUCGAAUGGGAAAUUUGUGCAAGAGAGACGCUUGAUAAGCCAACUUAUUAAGGAGAGAGAACAAAACGCUAACAAGUGUGUUGUUGGUUUUGAUGAAACAUUGAAAGCUCUGGAGAUGGGUGAUGUGAACAUACUGGUUUUGUGA